AUGACCCAGAUCCGAUACCGAAAGAAGCUUCGCGAGAAUGGAUCACGGCUUGAGAAGGACGUUCGGUUGUUGCGUGAAGAAGUGCAGAAGCUGGAGGUGCAGCACCUCAAUGUUUCUCCGCGUAUCGUGGAUGACAACACGGUGAUGAACGUGACAGCCGAGUGGUUCCGUCUGUUCCGAUUCGGAUUGAACGCGUACGUGCCACAAGCAGAGCGCUACAACGUGUCAUGCUCGCCGGGUCCGCACGAAUCGAUUGUGCAGCGAGAGUUUCUGCUUUAUACUAUUGCUGAGGACGUGCUCGUUCAAUCUGGACGUGGAGUUGAAGCCUUACUGCAAGAGUGGAGAAUGAUCUCUAUUCUGCACGAGGAGAUUUAUCUGCGGCUCGUGAGGCUCGAGUUCGGCCCCGACCACACCAUCGUCGCUACCACUGUGGAUCGAAACAAUGCAGAGGCCAAGCGGCUGAGUGCAAAGUUAAUGGGCCAAGAAUUCGCGAUGUACGGUUCGAUUAGCCUGCAGUGGGACGAGAAAACGGGUCGGGUGACAAGCUUCCACCACACAGCUGAUAUGCUGACUCCGAUGCUGAAGAUUUUGGGAAACCUAGAUGAAGUGUCGCUACUGUUCAGCAAUGCCUCUAUCACACCCGACUGCGACCUCGAUGAUCACCCCUGCCACCACGAGUUGAAGUUGCCCUGCCACCUCGAGUUGAAGCUGUACGACCACCGCGAGUUGAAGGUGUACGACCACCGCGAGUUGAAGCAGCACGACCAGCGCGACUGGUUCGUGAGUUCGACGACCUACUGGCUUCACGACGCGCAGCGCUAA